CUUAGAAAAAAACAGUAAGAAAUGCAAACACAUGUAAUGAAUUGGCGUUGUGUAGAUUGAAAAAAAUGAAAUAUCAUUAAAAUAUGAGGAGUUGAAUAUGUGAAUUUAAUGACCGAAUGAUUUCUUUUUUUUGUUGAAGAUCAAAGAUGUAUGCAACUCAUUUGCAUUUGACUAGCGUCAAACAGUAUCAAUUAAAAGUCAACUUUCAAUUGUUUCAUGUUUGUUUUAAAAUUAUCAAAGCAACUGUUUUUUUAUAGUAUGGUAAUAUUACUCUGUCAACGAACUUUAUUUUAAAAAUUACCAACUGUUUCUUGGAAAUGGCUAAAAUGUUUGAAAUAAAAUUAUUAUUAUAACCCUGACCUUUGGCCGAUUGAGGAAAAAAGCGCCGCUAACGGCUCAAUACAUUUUCGUUCAAUCAAUUGUUUACUGUAACACUUUAAACUAUCGAAACAAAAGUAAGCAUUUAUAUGGUAUUUGCGCCAGCCGUUUAAUCAGCUAACCAAUAUGAGUGCAGCUAUAGUAUUUCACAUGAAAGUGAGUACCAGUUCACUUAAAUGUGCUACAUAUUACAUAGUAACCCAAUGUUCCGUCCGCAAUCAAAGCGGAACCGGCAAGAAAUCGAUGGUGGAAACGGUGUGAAAUAAGUGAGAGUCAAGGUCUAAGAAUAGAUUUUUGCGCACUUGUAAUAAUAUCCAAAGAACAAUAUCAUUUUCUGUGACCUCUACUUCUACAAAAAUUUGGAAAUGACAUUUUUUUUCUUUGAUGAAAUGAAUACGAGUAUUUACGUGUGAAUGGGUCGUAAAUCUUCCGGUUCCAAAGAGCAUUUGUUUAAUUUCAUGUUAGAGCAAAUAGUACAAUUUAGAUUGAAUGUGUCAUCAUAAUAGGCUUGUUUACGACAGAAAAAAAGAGAUAUUUGUAACUGAAUAAACAGCGGAUAAAAACAAUCAACUGUUUUAUCUGGCAAAAUAAUGAUUGGCGGACAUUUAAUGUAGAACGGUUAGCGAGAAAAUGAUGUUUUAAUGGUUUGGUUUAGUUUGCUGAUAUAUUCAAACAUAACUCGCAUGGGAAUGACUUGUGUGUUUUUCGAUUCUCUUUCGCUCUCACUCUCACUCUCUGCAACGCGACAACUAUGAGAGAGUGAAGUCAUGUGGUCUCGUAUGGUUAAUGCUGCGAAUAUACCAUUACAUAAUAACAUUAUGAGCAAGUAAAUGGUGAUAGCGGCGACGACGAAGAGCAACAACACGAACGCAGUAGGCAUAAAAAUCGUUGGAGCUUAACGUCAUCGUAUCAUACGGCAUCAACAUCAAUUGACACUAAUGAUUGUAAAGAACCAUUGAAUUUGGAGAGUACGGGCACUGAUAACAUCAUCGAUAUGGGUACGAAUGCCGCACCGCCAAUGUAUGAAGAUCGAAAAAUGGCCAACAAUUUCGAUAAAUUCCGAUUAUUGAUGUGGAAAAAUUUUCUACUUCAAUAUCGCCAUAAAAUUCAAACAGCCGCCGAAAUUAUGGUGCCGGUUCUAUUCAGCGUGAUUCUCAUCUUGAUUCGAAGCAUCGUCGAUCCAGAUAUAUACCCAAAUAAUACCAUAUACAAUUCAUUUGACAUCAGUGAUCUUCGACCGCUUCGCAAUGGAUCCAAUUAUUCAUUCGAAUUCAAAUUUUUGCUAAGUGAGGAAGAUGUUGAUCGUUUUGACCUUCACGUCAAAGAAUGGGCUUUGGUCUACUCACCGGUUAAUAAAGAGCUAGCGGAAUUAAUGAACGAAACGGCCAGAUUACUAAAACUGGAAAAUGGCACGGUGGCGGUGAACACUAGAGCAGAAAUAGAGUCGGUAAUGUUCAAUCGUGAACUUGUGGCUGGACUUGAAUUUGAUUUGCCAGCGAAUGACUCCAACCUCCCCCUUCCUAAGAAGCUAUCAUACAAACUACGAUUCCCGAGUGAAAGUCGAACUCCCAGAGUGGCCGAGCCGUUGAUAUUCAAUUGGCAUACGAACCUAUUAUAUCCACUGUUUUCGACGGGAGGCCCACGUACAAAAGAUGAAGACUACGGCGGAAUGCCAUUUUAUUAUCAAGAAGGUUUUCUACCCGUACAAGAUGCUAUUGCUCGUUCUUUCAAAAAAUUAAAAUGUAGCGAUGCAACUUGUGAGAACACUACAUUGCCCAAGAUUAGAAUGCAACGCUAUCCAUAUCCACCGUACAUAUUUGAUGUACUUUUGCAAGGUCUAGAAACAAUUGUCUCAUUCUUUAUUCUGCUAAGUUUCAUCUAUCCCACCAUAAAUACCGUUCGUUUCAUUGCAAUCGAAAAGGAAAGGCAACUGAAAGAAGCCAUGAAAAUUAUGGGCCUGCCGAGUUGGUUGCAUUGGACCAGCUGGUUUGUGCGUACAAUGGUGUUUAUGGUCGUUUCGAUUUCUUUCAUCGUGGCUCUACUGAAGGUGCCAGUGUUUGAUUCCUCCGUGGCAGUGUUCACACACUCCGAUUGGACGGCAAUUUGGGUGUUUUUGUUCGUGUACAGUAUUUCAAUGACAACGUUUUGCUUCAUGUUAAGUGUGUUCUUUUCGAAAGCGAACACAGCAGCGGCUGUCGCUGGUCUUGUGUGGUUCAUACUAUAUGUCCCAUUCUCGUUCACUCAACAAAAUUAUGUGCAAUUAUCACUUCGAUCCAAAUUGAUUGCUUGCAUUUCAUCGAACACUGCCAUGGCUUACGGCUUUCAAUUGAUCUUGCGGUUUGAAGGUACAGGCGAAGGAUUGCAAUGGUCAAAUUUCUGGAGGCCGGUUUCAGUGGACGAUAGUCUAACGGUUGGCAUAACUAUGUGUUUUAUGUUGGGCACAUCGCUGAUUUAUCUUCUGAUCACACUGUACGUGGAAAAAGUGUUACCCGGCAACUAUGGCGUGCCUGAGAAAUGGUAUUUCCCUUUCACGGCUAAGUUUUGGUUUGGUACUCCUGAAUUUAGUGGCGUUGAAGAUAGCUCAGAAUCAAGCAAUGAAUCGAACCCUGAUUUCAUUCGACUUAAUUUCGAACCAGACCCUAAACAUCGUCAUGCGGGAGUGAAAGUGAAAAAUCUUCGUAAAGUUUAUUCGAAUAGAAAAGUGGCUUGCAAAGGGCUGACUCUUAACAUGUUCGACGAUCAAAUUACCGUCUUACUUGGUCAUAACGGUGCUGGAAAAACAACGACGAUGUCAAUGUUGACCGGAAUGUUUCCUCCAACAUCAGGAACGGCCAUUAUAAAUGGACACGAUAUUCGAACAAAUAUACAGAAAGCCAGAAGCUCACUUGGAUACUGUCCUCAACACAAUAUUCUCUUCGAUGAAUUAACAGUGCGUGAACACAUUGAAUUUUAUGGCCGAUUGAAAGGUUUAAGCCAAGCAGAUGUACAAGACGAAGUGACCAAAUAUGUGCAACUAUUAGAAUUAGAGCCAAAAAUUGAUGCUAUGUCCGCAUCACUAUCGGGUGGUAUGCAACGAAAAUUGUCGGUUGGCGUUGCUCUAUGCGGACGAUCACGAGUGGUUUUCUGUGAUGAACCGACCAGUGGCAUGGAUCCAGCGGCAAGACGAGCACUAUGGGAUUUAUUGCAAAAUGAAAAGAAAGGACGAACAAUACUUUUGACCACGCAUUUCAUGGAUGAAGCAGACGUACUUGGCGAUCGGAUCGCUAUUAUGGCUGAAAGUGAAUUGAAAUGUUGCGGCACAUCAUUUUUCUUGAAAAAACGCUUUGGCACCGGUUAUCGCUUAGUUUGUGUUAAAAAUGGUGAUUGUAAUGCAAAUGCGGUGACAAAUUUGCUACGCGAAUACAUUCCGGGAAUUGAAGUGCAAGAAGAUAUUGCAAGUGAACUAGCCUAUGCUUUGCCCGAUGAAUAUGUAGAUAAGUUCGAAAGAAUGUUUGAAAAACUUGAAAAUAAUCAAACGGAUUUGAAGCUCGGCAGUUUUGGUGUUUCAUUGACUACGCUAGAAGAAGUGUUCCUUAAAGUUGGUGCUGACUCGAAUUUGGACAAAAUGCCAAACGGUAAUCCGUUGCAAAAUGGAGAAAUGAAUGGAAAUUACAAAAUAAACCGCGAUAGUGAUAGUGCCAUAACGAAUAUUGAACUGUCAAAUGAAAUUGUACCAACAAUGCGUGGACUUGGUUUGCGUGUAAAUCAAUGGAUGGCAAUGUUCAAAAAACGUUACAAUUGUUGGAUUCGCAGUUGGGUUUUGUUUUUUUUACAAAAUCUCAUUCCAGUUGUUUUCAUUGUAAUUAGCGUUUUUGUUGUUCACAUGAUGGCCGAAAAUAAUACAUUACCCAAUUUGGAAAUUACACUGAAUCGAUACGAAAAAACGGUUACCAUGCUCCAAAUGCCUACGGAAUUUGAUGAUCCACAACUUCAAAGAAUUUUCGAGAAGUAUCGCACGUACAUUCAAAAUCAAGGUGAAGACAAUCGAUUGGAUGAAUUUAACGAAGACAUUCAAGAGCAUUUCUUGAAGCUGGCAAAAUCGAUUCUGGUCCGUUUGAAUUCGCAAUAUUUGGCUGGAAUGUCAAUCAACAAUAACAGUGACAUAAUUGGUUGGUUUAAUAAUCAGCCAUUCCACACAACGGCGCUGUCAAUCAAUUUAAUCCAUAAUGCGAUGAUCAAAACAACUCUCGGUGAUGACUACAGCAUUGAAGUGACCAAUUCACCACUACCAUUCCGCGUCGAAUCGACAAUGUCCAUGUUAAUGUCGGGACAAAAUAUGGGUUUUCAAUUGGCAUCGAAUAUCUCCUUUGCCAUGGCAUUCGUAUCGUCAUUUUAUCUAAUGUUCUAUAUCAAAGAAAGAGUUUCAAAAGCCAAACUCUUGCAGUUUGUCAGUGGUUUGAACGUGUCAACAUUUUGGAUAACUUCAUUUAUAUUCGAUUUUGCGACAUAUAUUUUGACGGCUUUGAUGAUUAUACUCACGUUAGCGGUAUUCCAAGAGGACGGCUGGGCAACAAUAAGCGAAUUAACGCCAGCAUUCCUUUCACUCAUCCUUUUUGGAUUCUCGAUGUUACCAAUGACUUUUGUCUCAUCACUUUUAUUCUCAAUACCUUCUACGGGCUUUGUAAGGAUGACCAUAUUUUUCAUAUUCACAGGAAUCACGGUAUUCUUUGUGAUACUAGCAAUGUCGUUUCCAGCUUUUAAUUUAGCGAAUACAGCAAACAUGCUCAAAUGGUUUUUCCUCGUUUUCCCACACUAUUCACUGAGCAGUAUUCUGAAUAACUUGAACCAAAUGCGUACAAUGGAUCGAAUUUGCGAACAAAGAUGCAAUUCGUUUCCCAUAUGCAACCGGAAGAUUCUGUGUGCACUAGUCAAAGAGUGCUGUGCAACUAAUACCUAUGACUGGAAAGAGCCUGGAAUUAGUCGAAAUUUAACAUAUAUGGCCGUAACAGGUAUCUUUUUCUUCAUACUACUUCUGAUCAUCGAAUACCGUGUGUUUGCCGGGUUAAUUUAUUGGAUUCGGAGCUUGUUUGCAAGAAAAUUGCCGCCAAUAGCAGAAGACGAUCAAAUAGAUGACGACGUUAAUAAAGAAAAGCAAAUAGUCAACGGAAUGAAUGUAAAUGAUAUUGAAGCCAAUAGUUUGGUCUUGAAAAGUUUAUCAAAGUUUUAUGGAAAGUUUUUGGCGGUGAAUCAAAUAUCCAUUGCGAUUAAAAGAGCCGAAUGCUUUGGUUUGCUUGGCGUGAACGGUGCGGGCAAGACUUCUACGUUCAAAAUGCUAACGGGUGAUACAAAAAUAUCAAGCGGUGAAGCAUAUGCGCGUGGCAUCAGUUUGAAAAGUAACAUGCCAGAGGUGCACAAAAUCAUUGGAUACUGUCCGCAAUUCGAUGCACUUAUUGAAGAUCUGACUGGAGCUGAAACAUUGGAACUUUUUGCUCUACUACGUGGCAUUCAUCCAAGUCAAAUUCCAGCUUUGACUCAACAAUUGGCCACCGAACUGAAUUUCAUGAAACAUAUCAAUAAACGGGUGGAAGAGUAUUCCGGUGGCAACAAGCGGAAACUCUCAACUGCCGUUGCUUUGAUUGGAAAUCCGGUUUUGGUUUAUUUGGAUGAACCAACAACCGGUAUGGAUCCCGGUGCCAAGCGAAACCUUUGGAAUAUGGUGUCAAAAGUUCGAAGUACGGGCAAAUCGAUCAUCCUUACAUCACACAGCAUGGAAGAAUGCGAAGCUCUUUGCACCCGCUUGGCCAUCAUGGUAAACGGCGAAUUCAAGUGCCUUGGGUCAACACAACAUCUAAAGAGUAAAUUCUCCAAAGGAUUCUUACUUACCAUCAAAGUGCAGAAAAACACUGAAAUCGAUAAAAGUUUUGAAGAUGUUCUUGGAGAACUGAUCAAAUAUCGAAGUGUCGCCGGAAGCAUUGACUCUCGUGCGGCUGACAUUCAGAUGUCAGACCAGCUACACCUGAAAGUGAUUCGAAUCAAGGAAUUUGUACAACGAAAUUUCAUCGGCGCCGAUCUAAAAGAGGAAUACCUAGGUCUCCUCACAUAUUAUGUGCCGCCAAAUAAUAAAUUGAGAUGGUCGUCAAUGUUUGGCCUAAUGGAAACAGCAAAACAAACGCUGCACAUCGAAGAUUAUUCGAUCAGUCAAACGUCGCUGGAACAAGUAUUUCUGUCAUUCACCAAAUUCCAACGCGAUGAAACCCAGAAUAAUCGUAGUGCAAACAAUAGAUAGUUCAAUCAAUUUAUUUCAAUUCAAGUGGUUGGUUCAGUAUUCAUUCUAAUUUUAUUUGUGUAAAUAAAUGAAAAAUGGUUCAAUCGAAUUGAAAGCUAUCAAAUAAUUCCACUUAAGAGCAAGUAUUUUGUGCAACGUUUUGUUCAUUAUUUAAUUAAUUUCAAAGUAAUUAUUGUAUUUUUUUUUAAAAUUAAGUCAUGAUUUAUAUUUCGCAUCAACGAGCUGUGUGAAUUUGCAGGUAACACUAGAAAUGUUUUAAAAUUGUGGCCUUUUAUGCAUGUAUUUAUGAAAGAUAAAAACUCCAUCAAAUGGAUUAUGUGAUAUAAAAAGAAGUGUUGUUGAGUAAAUCAGAAAAUUCGAAGUCAGAGAAAA